AGUGGGUUUGAAAAGCGAACCGUGCCUCGGCCUCAUUUCCCGCUCUGGUUCAGGCGCAGGAGGAAGUGUUUUGCUGGAGGAUGAUGACAGAGGUCAGGCUUCGCUAAUGGGCCAGUGAGGAGCGGUGGAGGCGAGGCCGGGCGCCGGCACACACACAUUAACACACUUGAGCCAUCACCAAUCAGCAUAGGGAUCUGAGAAUUGCUCUCACACACCAACCCAGCAGCGUCCGUGGAGAAAACUCUCACGAGCAACUCUCUUAAAAAUACCAUCAUUUCAAACCGUUGUGGUCUUUAAGCAACAACAGGGGGGAAACAACAAAAAACAAAACAAAAAAAAGCCCAAUCAAACAAAACUCUUGACAGGAGCUUUGACAACGCCGAGAGAAAGGAUGCCUCUUAAAGGCAGAAGACUUUAACUAAGGGCAAGCAGAUGUGUGAGAUCUUCUACUCUAAGAGUGGACAUACAUACCAGUUUUCAGAGCCCCGUAUUCGAGCCCCGUGGGACCCGGAGGCCGCCAACCAGAGCCAGCAUGCAGAACAGUCACAGCGGAGUGAAUCAGCUUGGUGGUGUCUUUGUCAACGGGCGGCCACUGCCGGACUCCACCAGGCAGAAGAUCGUAGAGCUAGCUCACAGCGGGGCCCGGCCGUGCGACAUUUCCCGAAUUCUGCAGACCCAUGCAGAUGCAAAAGUCCAAGUGCUGGACAAUGAAAACGUGUCCAACGGAUGUGUGAGUAAAAUUCUGGGCAGGUAUUACGAGACUGGCUCCAUCAGACCCAGGGCAAUCGGAGGUAGUAAACCAAGAGUGGCGACUCCAGAAGUUGUGAGCAAAAUAGCCCAGUAUAAACGGGAGUGCCCGUCCAUCUUUGCUUGGGAAAUCCGAGACAGAUUAUUAUCCGAGGGGGUCUGUACCAACGAUAACAUACCCAGUGUGUCAUCAAUAAACAGAGUUCUUCGCAACCUGGCUAGCGAAAAGCAACAGAUGGGCGCAGACGGCAUGUAUGAUAAACUAAGGAUGUUGAACGGGCAGACCGGAAGCUGGGGCACCCGCCCUGGUUGGUAUCCCGGGACUUCAGUACCAGGGCAACCUACACAAGAUGGCUGCCAGCAACAGGAAGGAGGGGGAGAGAACACCAACUCCAUCAGUUCCAAUGGGGAAGAUUCGGACGAGGCUCAAAUGCGGCUCCAGCUGAAGCGGAAGCUGCAGAGAAAUAGAACAUCUUUCACCCAGGAGCAGAUUGAGGCUCUGGAGAAAGAGUUUGAGAGGACCCAUUAUCCAGACGUGUUUGCCCGGGAAAGACUAGCAGCCAAAAUAGAUCUACCUGAAGCAAGAAUACAGGUAUGGUUUUCUAAUCGAAGGGCCAAAUGGAGAAGAGAAGAGAAACUGAGGAACCAGAGAAGACAGGCCAGCAACACCCCUAGCCACAUCCCUAUCAGCAGCAGUUUCAGCACCAGUGUCUACCAGCCGAUUCCACAGCCCACCACGCCUGUUUCUUCCUUCACAUCAGGCUCCAUGUUGGGCCGAACGGACACUGCCCUCACCAACACGUACAGUGCUCUGCCACCGAUGCCCAGCUUCACCAUGGCAAACAACCUGCCUAUGCAACCCCCAGUCCCCAGCCAGACCUCUUCAUACUCCUGCAUGCUACCCACCAGCCCUUCGGUAAAUGGGCGAAGUUAUGACACCUAUACCCCUCCGCACAUGCAAACACACAUGAACAGUCAGCCCAUGGGCACCUCGGGGACCACUUCAACAGGACUCAUUUCCCCCGGAGUGUCAGUUCCUGUCCAAGUUCCCGGGAGUGAACCUGACAUGUCUCAGUACUGGCCCCGAUUACAGUAAAGAGAGAGCGUGACCGAGAGAGGAAACCGUGUUCACUCAGUCAGUGACUAUGUGGACACGAUAGUUGGGUGUUCAGGAAGGAAAGAGAAAUGGCUGUUAGAAGCACUUCACUCUGCAACUGUGUCCUGUAUUGGAGCCCGGGAAUGGACUAGAAACAAGGACCUUUGCAUACAGAAGGCGCGGUAUCAGUUGGAACAAAUCUUCAUUUUGGUAUCCAAACUUUUAUUAAUUUUGGUGUAUUAUUUGUAAAUGGGCAUUUGUAUGUUAUAACGAAGAAAAGAACAACCCAGGCUGGUGGACCUUGGAUCUGUGUUGGCUCAUGUGGUUGUUUAAAGGAAACCAUGAUUGACAAGAUUUGCCAUGGAUUUAAGAGUUUUAUCAAGAUAUAUCGAAUACUUCUACCCAUCUGUUCAUAGUUUAUGGACCGAUGUUCCAAGUUUGUAUCAUUCCUUUGCAUAUAAUUAAACCUGGAACAACACACACUAGAUAUAUGUAAGAAAUAUCCAUUGGUUUUCCAAAGGUUGUUAACAGAUGAAGUUUAUGUGCAAAAAGGGUAAGAUAUAAAUUCAAGGAGAAGUUGAUAGCUAAAAGGUAGAGCGUGUCUUCGAUAUAAUCCAAUUUGUUUUAUGUCAAAAUGUAAGUAUUUGUCUUCCCUAGAAAUCCUCAGAAUGAUUUCUAUAAUAAAGUUAAUUUCAUUUAUAUUUGACAAGAAUACUCUAUAGAUGUUUUAUACACAUUUUCAUGCAAUCAUUUGUUUCUUUCUUGGCCAGCAAAAAAAUUAAUUGUUCUUAGAUAUAGCUGUAUUACUGUUCACAGUCCAAUCAUUUUGUGCAUUUAGAAUUCAUUCCUAAUCAAUUAAAAGUGCUUGCAAGAGUUUUAAACCUAAGUGUUUUGAAGUUGUUCACAAAUACAUAUCAAAAUUAACCAUUGUUGAUUGUAAAAACCAUGCCAAAGCCUUUGUAUU